AAUUGUUUUACUUUUAUUUCAGAGACAUGAGCGUGCAUGCAAAUGACAUCCUAACGAGAUGGGAUACAGCACUGCAGGGGCCGUGAAUCACUGUGCUGUGGAAAGAAGAACCGGUGAUGGUGCACCAGUGAACCCUCCGUCCUCUGUCCGCUGACCAUGGCAAGUGGCGAGGAAAUGCGCGGAUGGACGGUAAAAAUGAGCAUGCCCAGUGUUUUGGCCGUGGUCGCGGCCUUUACUAUGAUCCCUGGCGGUGUACUGAGCGAUACGAGAGGGACUCGGGGUCUGGAAGCCCAACAACUGGCCCAAGGGUCCGCUCAUCUGCACCGCCGCCUGAAGAGGGGCUGGAUCUGGAAACAGCUGUUUGUCCCCGAGGAAGAUCCCACCCCUCGCGUUAUUGGCCAGCUCAAGUCCGACUAUGACCGAGGGGAAGCCUCCAUGAAGUACAUACUGACAGGAGAAGGGGCCGGAGACGCGUUCGAGAUAGACGAGUACUCCGGGGAGAUCCGGACCCUGAAGAAGCUCGACCGAGAGGAAAAGUCCUUCUACGUCCUCCAAGCCCAGGCAAUCAACAGGAGGUCCAACGAACCAGAGGAACCCGAGUCCGAGUUCAUCAUCAAGGUGCAGGACAUCAAUGACAAUGGGCCGCAGUUCCAGAACGAACCGUAUGUGUCCAGCAUCCCUGAGAUGUGUCCAACUGGGACCACCGUGGCCCGGGUGACAGCCACAGAUGCUGAUGAUCCCAUGUUUGGAAACAACGCCAAGCUCAUCUACUCCAUCCUGCAGGGGGAGCCCUACUUCUCUGUGGAGCCAAAGACAGGGAUCGUCUUAACGUCCUGGCCCGACAUGGACCGCGAGGCCCGGGACGAGUACCUGGUGGUGGUGCAGGUGAAGGACAUGCUCGGCCUCAGCGGCGGUUACUCCACCUCCACCACCGUCACCGUCAGCCUGACCGACGUCAACGACAACGGACCCACUUUCCAGCACCACCUGUACGCCUUUGCCCUCCCGGAGGAUUCGGCGGUGGGCACCACGGUGGGCCGCAUCAUGGCGCAGGAUGGAGACACCGGCGUCCACGCCAGGAUGACCUACAGCCUGGAGGAUGACCUGGAGGAAAGCUCCACCUUCGUCAUCCGAACAGACCCGGUGACGCAGGAGGGGGUUGUUCUGCUAGCCAAGCCUUUGGACUACGAAGCCAAAAGGCGUUUCGUCAUGGCCGCCGAGGCCGCCAACGACCACGUGGACACCCGUUUCCUGACUCUGGAGGAGUUCAGGGACAGGACGACGCUCAAGAUCGUCGUGGAGGACGUGGACGAGCCGCCCGUCUUCCUGCCGGCGGCCCACGAGUGGAAGGUCCCUGAAAAUGCGGCGGUGGGGGCCGUGGUCGGCAGCGUCACGGCCAGAGACACCGACGCCGUCAACAAUCCCAUCAGAUAUUCAAUCGACGGGAGGAGCGGCAACACAAAAGCUUUCAAAAUAGACGCCAACAACGGAACCAUAACCGUCGCUAAAGCGCUGGACCGGGAGACGGCGCAGUGGCACAACGUGACCGUUGAAGCCGAGGAAACCACGGCGAACCAUUUAUCCUCCUCCGUGGUGGUGUUCAUCAAAGUGCUGGACAUAAACGACAACGUGCCGACGCUGGCGGGCGAUUACCAGCCGUUCAUCUGCGAGGGAACGCAAGCCGGAGAACUCAUUCAGCUGCUCAGUGCUGUGGACCUGGACGAGCCGGCUGAGAGACACCACUUCUACUUCUCCAUGGUCUCUGAGAAACACAUCAAUCCAAACUUCACCAUCAGAGACAACCAAGACAAUACCGCCGGCAUCGUGGCACGCAGGAGUACUUUCACGCGCAAGGACCGAAGCCGGUACCUCCUGCCCGUGGUGGUGACAGACAGCGGCUCUCCGGCCCUCACCGGCACCAGCACGUUGACCAUCAGCGUGUGCAGAUGCCAGCCCGCCGGCCACUGUCCCACGGGGGGGGUGGAGGCCCUCGCCCUGUCCAUGGGGCUCAGCCUGCAGGCCCUGCUGGGGCUGCUGGUCUGCCUCGUCACACUCACGGUGCUGUCACUUCUCAUGCUGGUGGUGAGGAGGCACAGGCGGAAGCAGCAGGAGGGACCGGAGGUGGCGGUGAUGGAGCUGCCCGAGGCGCCGUCGCAGAAGGUGCUGUAUUACGGAGGAGAGGACCCGGACCCCCGCCGGCACGCCGUCCCGCUGCGCCGCCACCCGAGGAGGCGGGAGAGGAGGCUGCGGAGGGAGGAGGUCAGGGCCAGCAUACGGAUGUCCCUCAGGGAGUCCCACCUCAUCGGGCCGGACGACGAGGUCUUCCGGCAGUUCAUCCUGGACAGGCUGUCGGAGGCGGAUCGCGACCCCGACGCCGGCCCGUCGGACUGCCUGAGGACCUUCGCCUACGAGGGGUCCGGGUCUCCCGCGGGAUCCUUGAGCUCACUGGAGUCGUCCGCUUUGGAGCCGGAGCCUGAGCGACCCUUUGGUAACCCCAGGCCCCCCAUGGUCAGACUCACCCCUUGGUAUGGGGGAGGAGAGGAAGACACCAUCUUCUGAGCUGCUCUUCUGCCUUUUCUUGAAUAUUUAUCUUACGCCCUUCAUAUUUGGAGCUCAUUUUAUUGUGUUUGUCCUGACAGGUUGUGCACAUAUUGGCUGUGGGUUUAGCGUGACCUGACAACACGUCGGGGCCACGCGGCGUGUUAUUUACACUCCAGAAGCUGCAGUUUGCACCCUGUGUUCUACCUAAAAUGAAUGUUUGCUUUGUCCAACCUCAACCACGUCCCUUCGCAAGUCAAAGAAUCCCAGUACGAAGUGGUGGACCGGCCCAGUGGACUGACAGUAGUUGAGCCACGAGCUGGUGUUAAACAGCUUUGAUAUGUACAUCUAAAGAUUUGAAAUAUAAAAAGAGUCAGCAAACAUACUGACAUAACUGGGGAGGGUACAGUAUAAGAUGUAUAAGGUAUAUAAGGUACAGUAUAAGAUGUGUUUGAUGCUUUGAUCAUUACAUUUAUUCCAGUGUGAUAUUUCUACACUCAUUACAGUAUUAUUCACUUGUGACAUUUACAAUUCUGAUAUUUACUUUUCUAUUAUGUCUCAUAUUUGGUAUGUUUGCUCACGAUAGCUUGUACUGUACAGGAUGUGUAAUUAUAUUUUACUUCACAAAGUGAUAUAAAUGAAUGCAUACCUCCCUCGGGUACGUGUACGGCAAACAGAUUUUUUUUAAAUAGAGAUUUUGUUUCCUGAUUAGCCUGCACAUACAGAAGGGUUUUCCAUUAAAUAUGAACUCCUUAACAUGCA